UUGUCCGUGUCAUUUUUCAACUGGGGAAGAGAACGAACGAGCGCCCUGCAACUCGGCGGCGACCGCUGUUCGGGGAAGAGGGAAGGCGAUGGAGAAAGCGCUGAGAGUGUACGGCGAAGUGCUGAGGCUCGUGCGGCGGUUACCCGAGGACACGCGGCCUUACUACGCCAAGUACGCCCGCGAGAACUUCGUCAACUACCGAGAAGUCGACGCCGGCGACCCCAAGGCCCUGGACGAGCUCUUCCGCCGAGCUUACGACCACUCGAUCUGGGUCCUCAACAAGUACUCGGUGGAGGAAUCUGCUGCGCAUAGGCUCAGGGAGAUCUGCUUCGGUUGAUGAAUCAAGUACGUUCAUUUGCUAACCAGUCCGUGUUAUUGUGCGAGUUGAUCGAUGCUCGCGAACGCGGCGAUUGGAGAGCUCAUGUAGUGUUUUGCGGUCGAUAGAGCCGAGGUGAUGUUUGGAUUUGAAAAGCCGUGGUUAUCAUGCCUCGGUGGAUGCAAAUUUUGAUACUUUGCGAUAAAGUUUUGUCAGGUCUGUCGAGAGCUAGCUAGAUAAUGAAUUGUUAACAAUGUCAAGGAUAAGAAAUAAAGAAUGCUGUUGUUAAAGGGGAAAAAAGCAGUGUCAAUCGCCAUACCGGCUUCCAUAACUGCCUUAUAUGACAACUUAUUCUCUGGCUGCAUUUGUUU